CUCCCUCCCACCUUCCGCUCCUCUCGACGCUGCCCGCUAAACCACCGUCUCCCUCUCCCUCCCAUGGCCGCGCCCGCCCUCCUCUCCCUCUCCCCCGCCGUCUCCAGGCACACCCACCUCCUCUUCUCCCACACCCACUCGCCUCGCCACCUCCGCCUCACCCCUCUCGCCGCCUCCUCCUCCCCCUCCCCCUCCCCCUCCCCCUCGCCGGCCGCCGGCGGCGGCGGCGUCUUCCUCUCGCCGAGCGCGCUCUCGCAGCUCGACGCGCUCGCCGCCUUCCGCUACGAGCACACCUUCCCCCACGGCAGCCUCACAGUGCGGGCCCUCACCCCGACCGACGACGCCGAGGCCGAGGUGCUCGUCCGCCUCCUCGCUUCCUCCUUCUCCAAGGACGUCAGAUGGGCCCCCGCGCAGCGCUACGCCCAGCUCCUCGCCUUCGUCAUCCGCCGCUACCUUUACGAGCGCCGCGGCCUCGCGCCCCACGCUGCCGUCCUAGUGGGUUUCUACAAGCCCGCCGCCGCGGAAGAAGGGGGGGAGGGCGUGGUCGACGGGGAUGAGGGAGAGAUGGCGUGCACCGCCGAGGUGUCGCUGGACGCGGUGGGCGCCCCGGGGGCACCGCCCACGCCAACGCCGCCGCUCGAGUUCCCUUACAUCUGCAACAUGACCGUGAAGACCUCGUUGAGGAGGAGAGGAAUUGGAAAACAACUUCUUAAGGCAUGUGAGGAUCUGGUUGUCAAGAUGGAUGCCAAAACGCGUGUAUAUCUUCAUUGUAGAAUAAUUGAUGAAGUGCCGUUCAACAUGUACAUAAAAGCAGGAUACGACAUUGUUCAGACUGACAGUAUCCUUGUUUGGCUGAGCCUCCAGAAGCGCAAGCACUUGAUGCGCAAGGAAUUACCGCAAGUUUCUGUUGGUAGUGAUGUACAACCUUAGAAUUUUGAGGGGCUGAACAUGCCAUAGCACCAUCAGGUCAUCACAGUACACAUCUAUCAUCUUUCUGAAUCUAAAACUGUUGCAGAAAACGGAGAAAUGAGGUUUGACUUUGGCAUAGUAAAAAGAAGGAAAAGAGGGAUUCUCCGGGAUCUUAUGGAUUAGCAGAAGUUCCUGCAUCAUUGGUCUUCCAUGUUUUUCUUAUAUUUGUUAAGCACAGCAAGUAAUAGCUCAUUCCACAUAUCAAUUGGUCCUGGCAGGCACCAAUGCGAACAAUCACUGUAACCCCUCAUCCACUCAUUAUUCCAAUGAAUCCCUGGGUGUGCAUCAGGUCUCAUAGACAUAAGCUUGGUUAUAUCUAGGAUCUCUAUAUUCA